ACUCAAAUCCAGCUGUUCGCUAGACGGGCGCUUCACACAAGAGGAGGCGCUGGCUAUGGCGAUGGCGAUGGCGAUGGCGGGAAGGCGCUCCCAAUGCCCUAUCGUAAUCUUCUGGUGGCGCUGAGCGAUCUUGGAGGCGCCGGUCGAGUCUUCCGCGGCGAGCAGGGAUUUCGAGGUAUUUUGUCGCUGUUGGAGAGGCGCUGCCACUCUCUCAAUCAUCUUGUUGUGGCGAGCGAGCCCGCGAUUCUGGAGGCGCCAGUCGUGUUUUGAUCUGGGAAGCAAGCUAUGGACGCGUUGAGGAAGCAAGCGACGAAGUUCCGGGAACAAGUAGCGAAGCAACAACAGGCGGUGCUCAAGCAAUUUUCGAAUCACGGGCCACAGGGAGCCGAUGUGAUCAUCACCGAUGAAGCCGAGCUCCACAGGCAUCAGCAGCUGGAGAAGCUCUUUGUAUCCACGCGCGCUGGAAAGCACUAUCAACGUGACAUCAUACGAGGUGUGGAGGGUUUUAUAGCCACGGGCACAAAGCAGCUAGAACUUUCAACUAAACUUGCCGAAGAUUGCCGAAGGUACUCCGUUGAGAGUACCAAAGCGGAUGGUGCUCUUGCGAAGGCUUCUUUGCACUAUGCCGAUGCAAGGUUCAACAUGGAAAAGGAAAGAGACGGCCUGCAUCGAGCUCUUAGCACUCAGGUUGGUGAGCCUCUGAGAGCAAUGGUGAUGGGUGCUCCACUCGAAGAUGCACGCCAUCUGACACAGCGAUACGAUCGCCUUCGGCAGGAAGCCGAAGUACAGGGGGAAGAUGUUCGGAAGAGGCAGGCAAGGUCCCGAGAAGGCGGUGGAAAUGCCGAGAACGCCGUGAAGCUACAAAUGGCAGAAGCAAGAAUGCAAGAGCUGACCUCGGCGAUGGCCGUUUUGGGAAAGGAGGCUGCGGCUGCAAUGACAGCAGUAGAAGCGCAACAACAGCGUCUAACACUGCAGCGCUUGAUCUCUAUGAUUGAAGCAGAACGCAACUAUCACAUACGCCUGGCGGAGAUACUUGAUCAGCUUUACGCACAGAUGGUUUUGGAGCGUCAACGUAGCGAAGCACUGCCGCUCACAGCGGACAACUAUACUCCUUCGUACGAUGAUAACAAGCCAAACGGAACCUUUUCGAGCAGCGGCAUUGGAAACGCAUUGGAAAAAUCCAUGUAUUUCCUGGCCGAGGUGUUGCAUCCCUUUGACGCGGAAGGAGAGAACGAACUAACGCUCAACCUGGGAGACUACGUUGUUGUCCGGCAGGUUUCUACCACUGGCUGGUCAGAAGGAGAAUGUAAAGGCAAAGCGGGAUGGUUUCCAUCUACGUAUGUGGAGCGCAGGCAGCGUGUUCCUGCUAGCAAAGUUACAGAAACUGGCUCCAUGUAAAAGUAAGGUACUUUCAAUAAAGCAUUUUCUUUUUGUGUCAA